AUGCUACAGCGCGUUGGCGACAGCUUAAGGCAUCAUUUUGAGACAGCAGUAAUUGCAACAGCUACUCUACGCAAUAUCUAUUCAUCUCCACGGUCAAGAGCAGCGACACGCAUCAAGCCCGUAAUUGCGUUAGGGGACGUUCUUGAUAGUGUAACCGGCGUUGAGCUACUGGUCUGUGGGGCCUCACCAGUGCUACAGUCGUACUCAAUUAGCUGGGACAAUACACUUUAA